AUGAUGCGCACUAGCCCGCGAAGUAUUCAGCAGCCCAUGUACCGCGGGGGACAGGGAGGGUUCCAACAGCACCACCAGAAUUAUCAGCAAUACCAGCAUAUUCCGGGUCGCCGAAACAGCAACUUAAGUCCCGUGAGUGGAGGUCGGGGUGGUAACAUGGGCGCCCCUUUACAUUUUGACCGCCAUCACACGAUACGGUUGGUGUGCCCCCGCAGCAACACUGUGGUUUGUACACGCCUAAAUCGUGUUCUUCCGACCCUUGCAAAGGCACAAAGUGGUGCAGCUGUCUGCGAGGAUUUUAUGUAUGCUCAAAGCUGCCCAUAUGGCGAGUCAUGUACUAAAGUACAUGUUCCGAAAGAACACACAUGGACCUACAUUACACCCGACAUUAAUAGGAGCACGGGUCUGUUUGAACCGGGAUUUAUUGUUCACUGCUACGGCCCAAGAAUGACGCAGUAUUACCCAAUACAGAGCGAAUUUGUCUUAAAUACUCGUGGCAGCCGUGAAUAUGUGAAGAUGUAUAACGAACAUGGAGAUAACUUUAAGGCCAAAUUUAAGCUUUGUGAGAGUAUGCUAACCCGUGGAGAAUGCAGUCUGGGAGAAGCCUGCGAUGAUAUUCACGCCAUUCGUAAUGAUGUUUG